AUGAAGAAACAAGCUAUUCUCUUUGGUUUAGUGUUAUUUGUUGGAUUAGUCUUUGGAUGGAGAUCUUUCAAAGUAGUAUUCACAUCAUUUCCAUUUGAAGCUAACAAAGAUAAAGUUGAAGUAAAACUUGAAAUUCGUAAUGACACUGGUGAAACUACCAUCAACUGUCACUUUAAUGUCAUCGAACAAUUGGAUGACUUGUAUUUGACAUAUGCAAUAUCACUUGACAAUGGUGAAGGCAAUUAUACAACUUUAAUCAAUCGAAGUACAAACUUUUGUAAAUUUUUAACUACAAAAGCUAGUGAACCGAUUUUGAAAGUGAUUUAUGAUGAUUUGUUGAAACAUGGAAACUUUUUCAAGGCGUGUCCAUUGAAAAAGGGCAUUUAUUAUUUGCAUGAUUAUCGGAUUGAUGAGGAAAUGUUGCCAAGUUAUGUGCCAGAGACAACAUUGGCUGUGGAUAUUGUUUUUACAUUGCCAAGCAAGGAACAAUUGUUUAAAGGGAAAUUGUUGGGAAAAAUUGAUAAGUCGAAGGGAUUUAACAAUUUGAAGAUAUUUAGUUUGGGAUGA